AUAUAAAAUGAAAGUCCGGCAGUGGUUAGCAAUUACCUAAACAAACUCUUAGAUGUCAUUGCGUUGUAUGCGCCCCAAGACCAAGUUUAAAGAAGUUGGAAUGGCGACAGUGCGGAAGAAGUUAGUUAUCGUGGGUGAUGGGUCCACCGGUAAAACAUGUCUAUUGAUGGCAUUCAGCCGCGGCGAUUUUCCCGAAGUCCACAUACCUACGAUAUUUGAUACGUACGUAGCUGAUAUUGAGGUGGAUAAUAAACAGGUGGAACUGGCUCUGUGGGACACGGCGGGUCAGGAGGACUACGACAGACUACGCCCACUCUCCUACCCCGACACUGACGUCAUCUUAAUGUGCUACUCCAUAGACAGUCCCGACAGCCUGGUCAACAUCAGGGAAAAGUGGACCCCCGAGGUCAGACAUUUCUGUCCCAGUGUCCCCAUCGUUCUAGUGGGCAAUAAAAAAGACACACGCACUGAUCCUGACGUAAUCAAGGAAUUGGAGCUCAAGAAGGAAGAGCCGGUGAAUACCCAGGAGGGACAGGAGGUGGCGGAGCAGAUCCGCGCCUUCUCUUUCGUGGAGUGUUCCGCCAAAACUCAGGACGGUGUCCGAAAGGUGUUCGAGACAGCCACCUGGGCGGCGCUACAGGUCCGGAAAAAACGGAAGCUGCGAAAGUGUAAACUUUUGUGAUUUCAUGUUGAUGUGAACAUUUUUUUAACAUUUCUUUUAUUUAAAACAUUACGUCUGUGAUAGAGGAAAGACGGUUAUGCGCGCGCGCGAGCGUGCGUGCGUAUGCAUGUGCGUGUGUGUGUGUGUGUGUGCUUAGUCUAUAGGUCCCCGGAUAAACUUACUGCAUAAUGCGAUAUUUUUGUUUAUACACAUAUCUAAGUUAUUGCAUGCUAAAUUUCAGCGAUGUUACUGUUAUGACUUCUAUAAAUUGAGGUCGUUAUAAUUUGAGGUUUUAAGUCAUCGGAUAAACUUACUGCAUAAUGCGAUAUUUUUGUUCACAUACAUAUCUUUAAUAUUGCAUGCUAAACAUUUUUAGCGACUUCUAUGAAUUGAGGUCGUUAUAAUUUGAGGUUUUCCCUUUGAUAGAUAACCAUGUUGCCAAUGAUGUUGAAAAAUACAUGUGUUCAUUUAGUUGUAUAGUAAUGGUGCAAUGAGGCCAAUCUAGAUAUAUAUAUCAAAUAUAUUAUGUUUAGGUGAUGUUUUAUUUGUAUGACAAAGAAAGAAUGUGGGCGCUUAAGAUGUACAUUCGGCAGGAAUCUGGGCGCACAAGGAGAGUGAAAAUUUCAUCAAUUAAUUUUGAAUAUUUUUCGUAUUAUAACCGUUAUUUGGUUUCUGUUGGAUGUGGAAUGAGUGGAAAAAUAUUUGAAAUGCAAAAUGUUUUAUCAAAAUAUGGGUCUAAAUAUAGCAACACGAUGCAAUUCAUGCAAAAUCCUACUUAUUUACAACUGUUUUUAAAUGAUUUUGUUGUCUCUGGGUCUUCUCUCCACAAAUUUGAAACGCGUAAAGAUAACAUAUUUCAACAUUAAAAAUGUCGCUUUUUAAAAAAAGAUGGAGAGAUGACCCAGAGAUGACUAAUUAUGUACUUUUUCAAAUUAUUUUUUGAAGGAUAAAAAAACAAAGUCCAUUGAUAUGACAAUGUUGUUUCAAACAGUGCUUUAUAGAGCAUAUAUUGACAAGUCUCGCAUGGCUUAGAGGUUUCGUCCUGGAUUAGUGAAUACAAACAUUCAGUGUUUUGGGUUCAAAUCCAACUUGUGGUCUUUUUUUUUUUAAAUUUAACUUUUUUGUUUUAAAUGUUUGUUAUUAUAACAUGAUGUUGAAUUAUAAUAUACCGGUAUAUCUUUAUUUGUUGUUGUUGAUUUCUAGAUCCGCUGUAUGAACACUAUUUUUUUUAUUAUUACUAUUUUUUUUAAGGAUAAACACAAUAUAACUUCAUCAAAAUAUGUUUGCAUUAACAUCUCCAACUAUACUUAUCGGUUUACCUCUCAUUGCCAUUUUUUGAAAGCUUAUGAGUUUUUUAAUAACCGGAAUAGCCAUGUACUUCGACUCUCAACAUAAUAUAUUUUUGUUGAAACCUGUACAUAGCCUUUCGAGGUUAUAGACAUUUAAAUCCCAAUUGAUUCGUGUCGAGGAUUCCUGCAAACUUACUAUCUUAUGCGCUCACUUUCUUAAAUUAUUGUGUCAAUGAAAGUGAAUGAUAUGUUGUUUGUUUGGAAAUAAACUGAAAA